AUGGAGCCACCGCCGCUGCUGGUCCCGCUCAGAGUCCUCCUGAUGCAGCUGCUGGUCGCCUGCUCCCUCUUAGUUCUGCUUCCGCCGGCGGUGGCGCCCAUCUGCCCGGAGCCAUGCGACUGCCAGCAGCAGCAGCACGUCCUCUGCACCAAUCGUGGGCUGCGGUCGGUGCCCAAGGCUGCCGAGCCGCAGGACAUCCUCACCUAUAGCCUGGGCGGCAAUUUCAUUGCAAAUGUCUCGGCCUUGGACUUCCACCGCUUGGUGGCGCUGCAGCGCCUAGACCUGCAGUAUAAUAGGAUCCGUUCGCUCCACCCGAAAGCCUUCGAUCGCCUGGGGCGUCUGGAGGAGCUUUACCUGGGCAAUAACCUCUUGGCUUCCUUGGCGCCGGGCACACUCCGACCACUGUCUAAACUGCGAGUCCUCUACAUCAACGCUAACGAGAUCAGUUAUCUAAGCACAGUUUCUUUUGCCGGUCUAGGCAAUCUUAUCAAGCUGCGGCUGGAUGGCAACUUGCUGGCUUCGCUGAGCGAUGCCACCUUUUCAGGACUAACCAACCUGCUGUAUUUGCAUCUGGAGGCCAACCAGAUCCGUUGGCUGAGCCGUAAUGCCUUUGCUGGCCUUGGCAAGCUUCGCUUCCUUGAUCUGUCUGGCAACCAGCAGAAUUUGCUGCGCCAUCCAGACACCUUCAGGUCUCUGCGCUUGCUUAGCACCCUCCUCCUCUCUGGGAAUGACAUGCAACAGCUAGGGAAAGGACUCUUCCAACAUCUCUCCAACUUGGCCAGGUUGUCACUGAGUGGAAACCGCCUGACGUGGUUGGCAGUGGAGGCAUUUGCUGGUCUGGGGUCUUUGAAAGAGUUGCGCUUGGAAGGGAACCUGCUAAGCCAACUGCCUGCCACCUUAUUCCAGCCUCUGCAAAGCUUGGAGGUGUUGGAUCUGAGUAAUAACCUCCUAACUACUCUUCCUGCUGGCACCUUUGGUCCCCUAAAUAAGUUGCGAGAGCUUAGUUUGCAGGGAAAUGCCCUGGCCUCCCUGUCUGGAGACCUCUUUACCUCCAACCCAGCACUGUAUCGCUUGGAAUUGGAUGGUAAUCCCUGGAGCUGUGAUUGUCACUUGCGAGGGCUGAAGCAGUGGCUGGCUUCCUGGCAUUCCCAGGGUCGGCUCCUGACUGUGUUUGUCCAGUGCCAGAGGCCACCUGCCCUGGCUGGGAAAUACCUGGAUUACUUAGAGGAUGUGCAACUCUUCUUGCUUUCUAAUGGCUCUUGUUUGGAAGGGUUAACAUCUGCAAGCCCUGGAGGCAACGGUAACUCAGGCUUGGGCUUGGAUAAACAGAGCUCCCCAUCUUCUGUUUCAACUGGGUUGCUAACGGGUUCCCAAAAGGUGGUCCCUGAAAAGGGAACUUGGAAUGGGGAGACAGAUCCAACCACCCCGUUCCCAAGCUUUUUUACCAGUACUAGGUCUCCCUCUGUACUUGGUGCUGCCUGGCCUCGGCGAGCAGGAAAACACCAUUUGGUCUCCUCAGUGUCUAGUAGCCUUCCUCUGGUCACUGAUCCAUGUGAUUUUAACAAAUUGUUUCUGUACAACCUGACAGUGGAUACUGUCACUGAGAGUGCAGUGACAGUGCGCUGGGGGGUCCGUGCACACCGCAGCCCUCGCUUGUUAGGGCCUGUGCGUUUCAGAGUCCUUUUUGAUCGCUUUGGUGCUGCUAUCAAGUUCCAGCGCUUUGUUUAUCUCCCUGAAUGGAAUGAGCCGGUAGCCACUCUGCGAGAAUUGCGUCCGGAUACCCCAUAUCUGGUCUGUGUGGAGGGAGUAAUGGGGGGCCGGGUCUGCCCAGUGGCACCACGGGACCAUUGUGCAGGGCUGGUCACUUUGCCUGAAGAGGGCAUGGGGGCAUCAGUUGCUGCGAUGGCUGGGGGGACCCAAAGCUUGGAUCAGCAGCUUCUCACCCUUGUGCUACUGGCGGUCAAUGCACUGCUACUCUUCCUGGCUUUGGCAGCCUGGGCUUCCCGCCUGGUGCGGAAGAAGGUCCUGGGGUGCCGUCAGAGAAAGGCGGCCUCACCAGUCCAUGUUAGGCAGAUGUAUUCCACCCGCCGACCCCUCCGGUCCAUGGGGACAGGCAUCUCCACUGACUUUUCUGGCUUCCAGUCCCACCGUACACCGCGUAGUGCUGUUUGUGCCUUGCGUGAGGCUGACCUCAUUGAAUUCCCUUGUGAGCGCUUCAUGGAUAGUAGCACUGGAGGGAACAGCAGCGCCCUACGUGGAGAAGAUAAUUUGUUGCAACGGUUUGCAGACUAGAGAUGGGGCUCUAAGCUAACUUGCCAGUAUGUUAUCAUGAAGUGGCUGCUGGCAUUAUGAUUUAGUGAAGUCUGUGGGUAUGCAGACUCUGCAAAAGUGCCCUCCCCCAGUAUUGCAAAAUUACAACCCCCAGCAGUCUUAGUUAGCAUGGCAAAGGGUGAAGGAUGCAGGGAAUUAUAGUUCAGCAAUAACCAGACUACCCCUGUUUCUGAUCUUCCUAUCUUAUUUUUAGUUUGCAAAAAUAUGUGUAUAUAAAGACGGCUAAUUAAAAAUGGUGUAACUCUGGAGUGGAUUAUACUAGAAAUAAAGAUAGCAAGAAUGGCUUUCUUGAUUUUACUGAUGGCUAUGUUUACUUAGAUGAUUUGCAAUCUUCUUUGGGAUAAAAUCUGUGAUUCUCUAAAAACCAAUUAGAAUGGGAAUCUACUACAUUCUUAAAUUGCCAUUGUUGUGGCUAGGUGGGCAUUGAUCUUGAUUUGUGAAUUAAGUAGAUCCUAAUAGGAAAACAAAUUUUAGUUGUCUAGUCAUCAGUUGCUAGAUAGAUACAGAAUCUGUAACAAUUCCUAACUUGUGGAUGUAACUCUAUAGCUACUCAGUAUUAUAAGAAAUGAACUGAAAUAACUGGAAUCAAACAAGAAAAAGUACAGAAAGCAUUAUAGAAAUGUUUGAAGCUGUACAAAUUUGGGGACAUUUCAGGUUAUAUCGGUUUCUGGCUUUUGCACUAUUUGUUUAAAACAUAUAUAAGCAAGAUCAAGCCAGAGGAUUUUUUUUUUCAGUGUCACUUGCCAAUAUAUAGAUCUGCAAAAAUCUACACAACCAUAAGAUGGCAGUCAAAAGAUACAGAGAUGUAGUUCUUUGCUGUCAUUUCAUGGCUGUCUGCAUUUAUGGAGACCAGAUAUAAUAACAUUAGCAAUUGGUGCAAAAAAAAAAAAAGUGUUUCCUGCGUGAACACAUCCUAGACAGUAGAGAUAUCAUUUUCUUCAGACACAGAAAGUUCUAUAAAUGUGGACCCUAAUGAUUGGAGUCUUUUGCAUGCUAGUUUUGACUGCGCUUUGCAAACACUGAGAGCAACAAGAGAGGAAUCAGUAUAAUUAUUGUUGCUUCUAAAUAAAAUGCUACUCAGAGAAGAGGCUGUUAAGUGUCACUCCCUUGAUGGAUAGCUGAGACUCUCCUGGAUAUAACUCAAAGUACAAUUAAACUUUUGGUAGAUGCCUGUUAUGUUGGCAGUUAGCAUCAAUCAUAUUUCCUCAGUUGAUGUCACCCUUGCCUAGAAUAUGUAUUUAGGAUGAGCCAGAUUUGCUUCUUGCUUGUCAAAAAAUGUGAACCCCAAUUACUACUAUGAUGCAGGGAAUAUUCUUGAAUUUGUGCUAUUAGACACUGAUUUUUAAUUCUCAUCAGCUCUUCCAAAUUAUAGUUUUGUAUUAAAAAUAUUUUUUCUAGAAGCGCUUUGGAAACAUGUUUAACUUGUGAGCUAAGAAUGGUGCUUUUUUUAUAUUGACCAGGGCUUUCUUUUAUUAAACGAAUGUAAGAAGUUUUAGUGUAUGUUUAUAUAACAUGUUCAAAAUAAAUAAAUAAAAAGAUGAAGAAAGGGAGGAAGGAAGGAAUGUUGAUUUUACAAAAUUCAGAUGUUGACACUGCUAGGGAGAAGAAUCCUAAUCCAAUUUGUUAUAAUUUGUU